CGGUUGCGCAGGCCAGCCUUGACGCUGCUUCUCCGUUAGCGUUGUGUUUAUUGUUAGCAUCCUCUGCAGAAACUCUGCGGAGCCCUGUGAUGGUCUCCGGUUCCUAUUCGCUGCAACCAUGGCGCUUUCAAUGGAAACGCAGCUCCAAAGCAUAUUUGAAGAUGUCGUGAAAACUGAAAUGAUCGAGGAGGCCUUUGCUGGAAUGUGUAUGGACACGUUAGAGGAUGAGAGGACCAAGCUGAUCAGUUGUCUUGCCGCAUUCAGACAAUAUUGGGGAACUCUACCAAAGGAAUCCCAUGAGCAGUGUGUGCAGUGGAUAGUUCGCUUCACACACAGCCAGCACAGCCCCAAAAGAAUCUCCUUUUUGUAUGACUGUCUGGCCAUGGCAGUGGAGAUGAGCUUGUUGACUCCCAGGAUGGUUUGUGUUUCACUAAUUAACUCUGACUAUUUGGAGUGGGAGAGGACUCGACUGUGGGCCUUAACUUUUAAACUGAUUCGCAAGAUCAUUGGAGGUGUUGACUACAAGGGUGUUCGUGACUUAUUGAAAUCUGUGCUGGACAAAAUUCAGACAGUUCCGGUCACAGUCAGCUCAGCUAUUGUCCAACAGCUGCUAGCAGCAAGAGAGGUAGUGGAGUACAUGUUGGACAGAAAUGCCUGUCUCAUGCCGGCUUACUUGGCUGUUACAGAGAUCAGAAAACUUUAUCCAGAGGGACAGUUGUCUCACUGGCUCCUGGGUAGCUUGAUCUCAGAUUUUGUUGACAGCUUCAGACCCACGGCCAGGAUUAACUCAAUUUGUGGACGAUGCAGUCUGUUACCGGUAGUGAAUAACAGCGGGGCCAUAUGUAACUCCUGGAAGUUGGACCCCACCACUCUUCGCUUCCCUUUGAAAGGCAUGCUGCCAUUUGACAAGGACCUUUUCGAGCCGCAGACAGGCUUGCUACGAUACGUGCUGGAGCAGCCGUACUCCAGAGAGAUGGUGUGCAACAUGCUCGGACUCAACAAGCAGACUCUGAACAUUGCUCAGCAAAAGCAGCGCUGCCCGGUGCUUGAGGAGCAGCUGGUGGACCUGGUGGUGUACGCCAUGGAGCGAUCCGAGACCGAGGAGCACUUUGACGCAGACGUCGGAGGAACCAGCCAGCUGCUGUGGCAACAUCUGUCCUCGCAACUCAUCUUCUUUGUCUUAUUCCAGUUUGCAAGCUUCCCACACAUGGUGCUGUCAUUGCACCAGAAGCUUGCAGGUCGCGGUCUUAUCAAAGGCAGAGAUCACCUGAUGUGGGUCCUGCUGCAGUUCAUAUCAGGAAGCAUUCAGAAGAAUGCGCUGGCUGACUUUCUGCCGGUCAUGAAGCUGUUUGACCUGCUUUAUCCAGAAAAGGAGUGCAUUCCGGUCCCGGACAUUAACAAACCCCAGUCCACACACUCCUUUGCAAUGACCUGCAUCUGGAUCCAUCUGAACCGCAAAGCUCAAAACGACAACUCCAAACUGCAGAUUCCAAUUCCACAUUCUCUCAAGCUGCACCACGAAUUUCUCCAGCAGUCGUUGCGUAUAAAGACCCUGGGCAUGACCGACUACAAGAUCGCCCUCCUUUGUAACGCCUACAGCACCAACUCCGAGUACUUCACCCUGCCCAUGGGCGCCUUGGUGGAGGCCAUCUACGGUAACGGAUCUAUGAAGAUCAACCUGCCAGGCACAAACUGUUUCGCCUCGGGGUCCGUCACCCCGCUGCCCAUGAACCUGCUGGAUUCAGUCACUGUCCAUGCAAAGAUGAGCCUGAUCCACAGCAUCGCCACCAAGGUUAUCAAGCUGGCGAGCGCCAAGUCCAGCCUGGCUCUGGCUCCGGCGCUGGUGGAGACCUACAGCCGGCUGCUGGUCUACAUGGAGAUCGAGUCGUUGGGGAUUAAAGGAUUCAUCAGCCAACUGCUCCCCAACGUCUUCAAGUCGCACGCCUGGGGGAUCCUUCAUACUCUGCUGGAGAUGUUCAGCUACAGGAUGCACCACAUCCAGCCACACUACAGAGUCCAGUUGCUGAGUCAUCUGCACAGCCUCGCUGGUCUUCCCCAGACCAACCAGAACCAGCUGCAUCUUUGUGUGGAAAGCACAGCGUUGCGCUUGAUCACAGCGCUGGGAAGUUCAGAGGUGCAGCCUCAGUUCACCCGCUUCCUCAACGACCCCAAGACCGUUCUGUCAGCAGAGUCUGAGGAGCUCAACCGAGCCCUGAUCCUGACUCUAGCCAGAGCCACGCACGUCACCGACUUCUUCACAGGAUCCGAUUCCAUCCACGGAACCUGGUGUAAAGAGAUCCUGCUCGCCAUCAUGAACUUCACGCCUCACAACUGGGCGUCUCACACCCUCUCCUGCUUCCCUGCUCCCCUCCAGGCUUUCUUCAAGCAGAACAACGUCCCUCAAGAGUCUCGCUUCAACCUGAAGAAGAACGUGGAGGAGGAGUACAGGAAGUGGAAGUCUAUGGCCAACGAGAAUGACAUCAUCACCCACUUCUCCAUGCAGGGCUCGCCGCCGCUCUUCCUCUGUCUGCUUUGGAAGAUGCUGCUGGAAACUGACCAUAUUAACCAGAUAGGAUUCAGAGUCCUCGAGCGAAUCGGCGCUCGAGCUCUUGUGGCUCACGUGCGCACGUUUGCAGACUUUCUCGUCUACGAGUUCUCAACGUCCCCUGGCGGGCAGCAGCUGAACAAGUGCAUCGAAAUCCUCAACGACAUGGUUUGGAAGUACAACAUCGUGACUCUGGACAGGCUCAUCCUGUGCCUGGCCAUGAGAAGCCACGAAGGCAACGAAGCCCAAGUCUGCUACUUCAUCAUCCAGCUGCUCCUGCUGAAGCCAAAUGACUUCAGGAACAGAGUCAACGACUUUGUCAAGGAGAACACUCCUGAGCACUGGCUGCAGAGCGACUGGCACAACAAGCACAUGAGCUACCACAAGAAAUAUCCAGAGAAGCUGUACUUCGAGGGCCUCGCCGACCAGGUCAACCCACCCAUGCACCUCCAGCAUCAGUACCUGCCAAUCUACUUCGGCAACGUGUGCCUGCGCUUCCUGCCCGUCUUUGAUAUCGUCAUCCACCGCUUCCUGGAGCUCAUCCCGGUCUCCAAGUCUCUGGAGACGCUGCUGGAUCAUCUGGGAGGCCUCUACAAGUUUCAUGACCGUCCGGUCACCUACCUGUACAACACGCUCCAUUAUUACGAGCGACACCUGCGGGACAGAACCAACUUGAAGAGGAAGCUGGUCCAUGCCAUCAUGUCCUCUCUGAAGGACAACAGGACCCCCGGCUGGUGCCUGAGUGAGACCUACCUGAAGUUCGGCAUGAACGCCAGGGAGGACAACGUGUGGAUCCCAGAGGACAUUUACUACUGCAAGCUGAUUGGUCGCCUGGUGGACACCAUGGCGGGGAAGUCGCCAGGUCCCUUUCCCAACUGCGACUGGCGCUUCAAUGAGUUCCCCAACCCCGCGGCCCACGCGCUGCACGUCACCUGCGUGGAGCUGAUGGCCUUAGCCGUGCCGGGGAAGGACGUGGGCAACGCUCUGCUCAACGUCGUGCUGAAGAGCCAACCUCUGGUUCCCAGAGAGAACAUCACCGCCUGGAUGAAUGCCAUCGGCCUGGUGAUCACAGCGCUGCCUGAGCCCUACUGGAUCGUGCUCCACGACCGCAUCGUGUCCGUGCUCAGCUCUCCAGUGCUGACCUCGGAGUCGGAGUGGGCCGGCAAUCCUUUCGCCCUGCUGGACUUCACCGCCUGCCACCAGAGCUACAGCGAAAUGAACUGCAGCUACGUGCUAGCGUUAGCGCACGCCGUCUGGCACCACUCGUCCAUCGGGCAGCUAUCUUUGAUUCCCAAGUUCCUGUCCGAGACGCUGAAGCCCAUAGUGAAGACUGAGUUCCAGUUGCUGUACGUGUACCACUUGGUGGGGCCCUUCCUGCAGCGCUUCCAGCAGGAGCGGACGCGCUGCAUGCUGGAGAUCGGGGUGGCCUUCUACGAGAUGUUGCAGGCGGUGGACCAACACAGCAGCCACCUGAGCUUCAUGGAUCCAAUCUGUGACUUCCUCUACCACAUCAAAUACAUGUACACCGGCGACAGCGUGAAGGAGCAGGUGGAGAAGAUCAUCAUGACGCUGCGGCCGGCCAUGAAGCUCCGCCUGCGCUUCAUCACACACAGCAGCCUGACAGAGACCUCGUCGGCCGCCUCCAACAUCUCCACACCCACCGGCGCCUCUUCCACCCCGCAGUCCACCGCCUCUGCCUCGCUGGCGCCUGUCGCCGUGUCCACCACGAGCGCCGCCGCGUCGCCUUCCUCCGCUCACAUCACCACAACACAAAGCUAAAACCUCUUCAGAAUCUCUUGCUCAUGUGUCGCCCUCAGGCUGGUGGCCAUGAAGACGCCUCUGAGCGUUGCUGCGUGACUCACUUGUUUAGUACUUUUCUUUUCUAUGUUUUAUUCUCUAAUUAAAAAGAUUUGUCAUCUUUUUAAA